AGUGUUCCAGAGCUACCGAGGGGCUGGGCCGGGCUUUGUUGUAUUUGAGAAGACCCCCCGGACCCAAAAGGCUGUGGGCUUGGGGAGCAUGAGGAGGUUUCACAGCAAAACUGACACCCCAGGGCUCCUGGAAAAGCUGGAAAAUGUGCCAGGGGAAGUCAGGCUCCAAGGGCACCACUCUGGGCUUCUAGCUGUGUGGGCUGGACCAAGAAGGCUCAGAGAAAUGAUCUCAGGUCUUGAAGUGGGGAGAAGAAACUGUAUUAUGAAGGCAGAUGAACAGUUCCUGCAAAGGCCCCAGCAGCCGCAGAGCAGACGCUGCGAUGACAGUGGACGACACAGAAGUGCUCGCUAUGACUCCAGCACCAGGCCACGCCGCUCUGGAAACUCAGACUCUGAGUUCUGAGAGCUCCUGUAGGUCCUCAGCCCCAGCCGGCCCCACUCCAGAGGCAGAGACCAGGGGAACCGAGAGCAUCUCCCCUGCAACAGAGACCAGGACUUCCACAGGAACACCUCCCGACUGCAUGGUGCUGAUCGCCACCUCUGCGGACACAUCAGCCGCCACUGGCGGCCCGGAGGGACCUGGAACGACCACAACUGAGACCGUCACAGGCAGUGAUCCCGAGGAAGCCGUCUCCGACACCCUUCGCACCGAUGAUAGCUCUGAAGAGGCAAAGACACCGAUGAUAGCUCUGAAGAGCCAAUCGACAUUGGCUCACACCUCCACAGAAGCUAAGGGCCUGGCCUCAGACAGCAGUGCCUCUUCCGACGGCCCCCAUCCAGCCAUCACCCCCUCAUGGUCCCUGGGAUCUGGCGUCACUCUCCUCACUGAAGCCCUGGUGACCGUCACCCCCAUCGAGGUUAUCAAUUCCAGCAUCACAGAAAUAGAAACAACGACUUCCAGCAUCCCUGGGGCCUCAGACACAGAUCACAGCCCCACGGAAGGGGUGAAGGCCUCGCCCACCUCCAAUCCACCAGCUCUGCCUGACUCCACUGAUGCAAAACCACACAGCACCGAGGCCACAGCCUCUGCCGAGACCCUGUCCACAGCCAGCACCACAGAGUCAACCGCACCUGAUGCCACGGUUAGGAACCCACUCCCCACCAACAGCACCACAGAAAGAGAAGUGACAGCACCCAGGGCCACGACCGUCAGUGGAACUCUGGCCACAGUUAGCAGGAAUCCCCUGGAAGAAACCUCAGCCCUCUCUGUUGAGACACCAAGUUACGUCAAAGUCUCAGGAGCAGCUCUCGUCUCCACAGAGGCCGGGUCAGCAGUGGGCAAAACAGCUUCCUUUGCUGGGUGCUCUGCUUCCUCCUACAGCACCUCAAAAGCCACCAUCAAGAACUUCACCCCUUCAGAGACACCGACCACGGACAUCACAACCAAAGGGCCCUUCCGCACCAGCAGGGACCCUCUUCCUUCUGUCCCUCCAACUACAGCCAACAGCAGCCGAGGGACGAACAGCACCUUAGCCAAGACCACAACCUCAGCGAAGACCCCGAUGAAGCCCCCAACAGCCACGCCCACCACUGCUCAGACGAGGCCAAACACAGACGUGAGUACAGGCAGGGGCGAUAGAAACAUGUUUCACACCCAGGAAGCAUUGGCCCCCGCUGAACGUUCUCUCCGAUGCCAGGCAGUGCCACCAGCUUCAUGUGAAAAUGUAGGUUUCUUCCUCCUGCGGCUGAGUGUGGCCUCCUCGGAAGACCUCACUGACCCCAGAGUGGCAGAGAGGCUGAUGCAGCAGCUCCGCCAGGGACUCCACGCCCACGUGCCUCACUUCCAGGUCUCCUUACUGCGCAUCAGGAGAGGCUAACAGACAUCAGCUGCAGCCAGGCAUGUCCCGUAUGCCAAAAGAAGGUGCUGCCCAUGGCCUGGGCCCCCACCAACAGACUGCAGCUGUGUCACUGUGCUGAGAGGUACCCAGAAGUUUCCCAUGAAGGGCAGCCGGUCCAAGCCCCUGACCCCAGAUGUGGCAACAGGACCCUCACUCACAGUCACUGGAGCAUGUAUGUGGGGAGGGCCUUCACCUGUUCCCAGAGGUGUCCUUGGACUCACCUUGGCACAUGUUCUGUGUUUCAGUAAAGAAAGACCUGAUCAGCUAUCUGUGUGCUUCCAUCCUGCAUUAAAAUUCACUCAGUGUGGUCC